GAACAGGAGAUGUUGAGAGAGAUAAAUGGGUGAAGAUCAGUAAUAGAAGGAGCAACAGUAGCCUAUUGUCUGGUUUACAUUUGACAUAAAAACAUUUGAACCAAGUGAAACUUAGAGACACGCAAGACUCUUCAGAGAUGUAUGGAUUCAUCAACACCUGUCUCAAAUCUCUCGUCAUUGAGAAAUUUGGGGAAGAAACAUGGGAGAAAUUAAGUACUUUAGCCGAAGUUCAGGACACAUUCAUGACAUACGAGGUUUACGAUGACAUUUUGACACUGCGUUUGGUGCAGGAGGCUUGUAAGAUGCUCGAUGUCUCCUCAGAGGUUGUGCUGAAGCUGUUCGGAGGGUACUUCUUCAGAUUCUGUAAGAUGGCAGGGUACGAUGCCAUGCUGCGCACGCUGGGAGGAACCCUGGUGGAGUUUAUAGAGAACCUGGAUGCGCUUCACAGCUACCUGGCCCUGUCUUACGAGGAGAUGAAUGCUCCUUCCUUCCGUGUGGAAAAGAGUGAAGAUGGAAAGAUGAUUCUGCAUUACUACUCAGACCGGAAAGGCCUGUAUCAUAUAGUGCCAGGCAUUAUUGAAGCGGUGGCCAUGGACUUCUUUGACAGUGAAGUGAGCAUGACCAUCCUUAACCAGUCAGAAGAGGACGAACGCACAGGGAAGAAAGAGCAUGUGGUCUUCCUGGUUUCUCAGAGACCCCUGAAGUCAAAAAAUAAUCUGCAACCAGAAAAGACCAGCAGAGACGAGGAGAUUGUGCGAGACAAGGAGCAACAGGAAGACACUCUCAGGAAGAUGAGAGAGAGGUGUGCCCACCUGCCCCUCUGCCCUGCCGGUAAGAGGCCUCCCUGGGACAUGGUCAGGAGCAUCGUCAGGUUUGGAAAAGGAAAUCUCCUUCAGACGUUCACCCCAAUCUACCCUAACAAGCUGUGGAUGGACGAGAAGGCCUUCUGCAACGCCUUCCCUUUCCACAUCGUCUUCGACAAAGAUCUCAAGGUGAAGCAGACCGGAGUCAACAUCCAGAAGUUCGUCCCUGGUCUUCAGACCAUGGACAUUCGCCUGGACGAGUACUUCAGCAUCGUGCACCCCGAGGUGACCUUCAACAUCGAGAGCAUCAGAAAGUUCAUCAACAGCCAGUUUGUUCUGAAGACGAAGCGCAACAUGGUGCCUCAGAACGUUCAACACCACUCCACGCUGAAACUCAGAGGCCAGAUGGUAUGGAUGGAGGCCCUGGGCUGCAUGGUGUACCUGUGUUCCCCCAAGCUGCGCAGCCUGCAGGAGCUGGAGGAAAGAGGCCUUCACAUCUCUGACAUCGCCCAGCACGACACCACCCGUGACCUCAUCCUGCUCAACCAGCAACGCCUGGCAGAGAUGGAGCUGUCCAAUCAGCUGGAGCGCAAGAAGGAGGAACUAAGGAUCCUGUCCAGCCACCUGGAGGCAGAGAAGAAGAAAACUGAGACGCUGCUGUACGCCAUGCUGCCGCGCCACGUGGCCAAUCAGCUGAAGGAGGGGAAGAAGGUGGAGGCUGGUGAGUUUGAGGUGUGCACCAUUCUCUUCAGUGACGUUGUCACCUUCACUAACAUCUGCGCGGCCUGCGAGCCCAUCCAGAUCGUCAACAUGCUCAACUCCAUGUACUCCAGGUUUGACCGACUCACCAGCGUCCACGAUGUUUACAAGGUGGAGACUAUUGGAGACGCCUACAUGGUGGUGGGAGGGGUUCCCGUACCAACUGACAGCCACGCGGAGAGGGUCGCCAACUUCGCUCUGGGUAUGCGUAUUGCAGCCCGGGAAGUGACAAACCCUGUCACUGGCCAACCUAUCCAGAUCAGGGUAGGGCUGCACACAGGGCCUGUGCUGGCUGGUGUGGUGGGGGAAAAGAUGCCUCGCUUCUGCCUGUUUGGAGACACGGUCAACACUGCCUCCAGGAUGGAGAGUCACGGAGUCCCUGACCACAUACACCUCAGCCCCUUCACAUACAAGGCGCUAGAGAACAAGAGCUUUGAAAUCAUGUCAAGAGGAGAGAUUGAGGUGAAAGGCAAAGGCCUGAUGAACACCUACUUCCUGCUCCAGAACCUGCAUGUGUCCGAGGACGGCAUCAUGGGCAGAGGGGAGGGGGAGCCCUGCAUGUACAGGGACGACCCACCCACUCUGGAGGUCACCGCUAAAGAGACAAACGGUCACAUGAAGGAAGACAUUUCGACGAAUGACCACAGUCAGGACUCUGCAGUCCCGUCUACUGCUAGUGACCUCACCAACGAGGACGAGCCUUCGCUGGAGAGCAGCUGUCGUCGUGCAACACCCUUCCAGCAUGGCCGACUCACUGACGUCAACUCUCGCUUCUGCAACCUGCUGUGAGAAGCUGUGGAAGGUCUGGAAG